UAAAACAAAAAAGCGCGAAAACGAACUUCAGACCUUCAUUCUCGCUGUCUCUUUGUGUCUGCUCCUUCGUAGUUUAGCUUUCUGCGCCUUUAGUUUUAGCUUUGUGUGACUUUUAGUUUUUAAUUUCAGGGUUUUUUUGUUUAUCGUGUGAGGCUGAAACAAUCAGGAUGCUGUCUGGUCGCCCCCCUCUCUCCGAGAAGAACGAGAAUAUUGUCAGUGAAAAGAUCAACAGCAUGUCCCUGGACAAAGAAAACACGCCCUCCAGCCUGAACAGCAGCCGGGUCCUGGCAUCCAAAACGGCGCGGAGGAUCCUCAGCAACGCCGCGCCCAGUGCUGUGAAGAAGAGUGUUCUGCAGGAGGAGCCACUGCUGAAAGAGAACCCACGGCGUUUCGUCAUCUUCCCCAUCCAAUACCAGGACAUCUGGCAGAUGUAUAAGAAGGCCGAGGCUUCCUUCUGGACAGCAGAGGAGGUCGACCUGUCCAAGGACCUGCAGCACUGGGAAUCUCUGAAGGAUGAUGAGCGAUAUUUCAUCUCCCACGUGUUGGCCUUCUUUGCUGCCAGCGACGGUAUCGUCAAUGAGAACCUGGUGGAGCGCUUCACACAGGAGGUGCAGGUGACAGAAGCCAGAUGUUUCUACGGUUUCCAGAUCGCCAUGGAGAACAUCCACUCUGAGAUGUACAGCCUGCUGAUCGACACCUACAUCAAGGAGCCCAAGGAGAGGGAAUACCUGUUUAACGCCAUCGAGACUCUGCCGUGUGUGAAGAAGAAGGCUGACUGGGCCCUCAACUGGAUUGGGAACAAGAACGCCACCUAUGGAGAGCGUGUGGUGGCCUUUGCUGCCGUGGAGGGAAUCUUCUUCUCCGGUUCCUUUGCUGCCAUCUUCUGGCUGAAGAAGAGGGGCCUGAUGCCCGGUCUGACCUUCAGCAACGAGCUCAUCAGCAGAGACGAGGGUCUUCACUGCGACUUCGCCUGUCUGAUGUUCAAACACCUGGUGAACAAACCCUCGUCUAAAACCGUCACCAGCAUCGUCAGGAACGCCGUGGAGAUCGAACAGGAGUUCCUGACGGAAGCUCUGCCGGUGAAGCUGAUCGGGAUGAACUGUGACAUGAUGAAGCAGUACAUCGAGUUUGUAGCCGACAGACUGCUGCUGGAGCUCGGCUUCUCUAAGGUUUACCGGGUGGAGAACCCCUUUGACUUCAUGGAGAACAUCUCCCUGGAGGGAAAAACCAACUUCUUUGAGAAGCGGGUCGGUGAGUACCAGAGGAUGGGCGUCAUGUCGGGCCCCACGGACAACACCUUCAGACUGGACGCUGACUUCUGAAGCGGACUUCAUUCACUCAGUCAUAAGAACAAAACCCCAGCUGAAGCUGCGACCUGCUGGAUGAAUUUUCAGCCACUUGGAGUGAAACAACCUCAGACCCAACCUACACUAACUGAUCCCAGACCUGUUCCUGGUCAUAUUUGUACAUUUAGCACUGAGCUUUUUUUCUUUAACUUUUUCUAUAUAGGCAUAGUUUUAUGAAAUAAAACAAUUUAAAAAUC